AUGGCUUCUAGUACGGAAGACAUCGAGAGCAACUCCAAGGAAGCAAGCGCCAUCGAAGUCGAACAGGCCCCUGCUGCCAAUGACAAACGAGACGUCAACAGAGUUCUGACCGACGAGGAAAAGAAAUUGCUCAGAAGAGCUACCAUGAAGACAGACUGGCGUCUCAUCCCCAUCCUCGGCGCAUGCUACGCCAUCAGCGGUAUUGACCGCGUCAACAUAUCCGCUGCACGCAUCGCAGGCAUGAACCGAGAACUCGGCUUCAAUGUCGGCGAUCGCUACUCCAUCGCUCUUCUUGUCUUUUUCGUAACAUACUUCAUUUUCGAGAUCCCAAGUAAUGUCGUUCUGCGAAAGGUUGGUGCGGCGAACUGGCUCUCCUUUCUAUGUUUCGCUUGGGGACUUGCAGUGUUUGGCGCGGGAUUUGCGAAGAAGUGGGAGGAUAUCGUGGUUUGUCGCUUAUUGUUGGGUUUGUUCGAGGCUGGUUUCUUCCCAGGCUGUGUCUACCUAAUCUCAUGCUGGUACACACGCUUCGAAGUCCAGAAGCGCCUCGCAGCAUUCUACAGCAUCAGCGGGAUUGCCAGCGGUUUCGGCGGACCCCUUGCGUACGGCUGUAUGCAACUCAAUGGGCGGAAUGGCUGGCUUGGAUGGCGCUGGAUCUUCAUCAUAAACGGAGCCAUGACCAUAUUCCUGGCCCUACUAGGUCGUCUCCUCAUAGUCGACUUCCCCGACAAAGUCUACAAAGCACGCUACCCCUUCCUAAAGCCCAUUGAAAUCCAAGCCAUCCAAGACAAACUCGAACGCGACCGAAGCGACUCCGAAUUCGACGAAAUCAAUAUGGCUAAGCUCAUGCGCGCCCUCGCACGCUGGGAGCUCUGGGUCUUUGCCAUGAAGUUCUUCGCCGUCACGGCAAUCUCUUACGCAUUGGCAUUCUUCCUUCCCAUCAUUCUUCAGAGCAUGGGCUACAGUACCGGAAAAGUGUUCUUGCUUUCAGCGCCACCCGCUGUCGCAGCUAUACCGUGGGUACUGCUUUGCUCGUGGGCGGCAGACAAGUGGAAGUUGCGAGCGCCGUUCAUCGUGCUGCAAGCUCUGAUUAGUAUUGUGGGUCUGAUGAUUGUCGCAUAUGCGAAGAACAAUGACGUGAGAUACUUUGGUAUGUUCAUGGGUACUGCGGGCGCGGGCGGGAAUAUCCCGACGGUGCUGGCGUGGCAAGCGAACAACAUCCGUGGGCAGAGUUUGAGAAUGGUUGCAUCUGGUCUGCAAGUUGCCUUUGGCGCCAUUGGUGGCAUCUACGCGUCCACUGUCUUCAUGGAGAGGGAAAUCCCGACCUAUCGGACUGGUAUCUGGGCUGUGACAGGGGCGCAACUCUACCUGGUUGUGUCGACGUGUGCCUUGGUGUUUCACUACUGGCGUCAGAAUAAGAAAGCUGGUCGCGGCGAGAUUGUAAUCGAGGGGCUGGAGGGCUUCAGAUACACAUACUAG